UGGACUCUUGCUCAGCGUUUAGAUCAGCAGAUGCUCCAAAACUGUGUUUGGUUUAGCCCUUUUGACCUCUCAACUUCCGAGCAAUAUUUUACGAGUUGAAAAAAAUGAAGCCUGCACAGCCAGGGCAGUCCCCAUUUAUACUGCUUCCAAGACUGCACAACUCCAAGUCUCAACUCUGGGGUUGCGUCCAUUUGUUUCACCUCUCUCUCCAUUCCAAGAAAAACCAUGCCUGUGAACUCCAUUUCCUUUGAGGAUCUUUGUCCCUUUCUCUCCCUGUAUAUUCAUUGAAAUCCCAGAAAACUUUGAAGACUCACUCUUUCAAGAUUCUCUCUCUCUCUCUCUCUCUCUCAGACAAAUUAAGCUCCAGUUUCCAAAGAAAGUAACACGUAUAGCAAAUAAAUAAUGCGCUUCAAGAGUAUCAAGAAGAAAAUGUGGAUUUUUUUUUGUUAACAUAUUUCGAUGUCCUUUCAAACCCAAAAGUGUCCCUUUUCCGUUAUGGAAUUCAUGAUCAUAGCUAAAACAACAUCAAGACUCACCAACAAAGCUGUUAAACAACAAAACUUUCCUCUCCAAAUGCUUUCUUUCUGGUUUGCUCCAACAACUCGACCUCCAGGCCUACUCUUCUGCACUUUUGGCUCGUAGACGAAACAUAUAGUACAACAUAAGCAUAUUUUUCAAAAUUCAAGAACUUGCUUCUUUUUACAAUGUUUGACUUCUGUUUUAACUCUAACUCUUCAUCUGGGUCCGGUUAUAUGAACACGUUUGAUCCGUUUCCGCGUAGUUUAGAGGGUUUUAGUGAUGUUUUGCAAGGUAGGCCAAUGGUUUCUCAAACUUUGGUGUUGGAUGCUGAAAUGGGAGAGCUAGUAAAGGCACCUGCAAGAGUUGGGAAUAAGGGGAUAUCUGAGGCCAAGGCUUUGGCAGCUUUGAAGAGCCAUAGCGAGGCCGAGAGGAGGAGGAGGGAGAGGAUCAAUGCCCAUCUUGAUACUCUUCGCGGUCUUGUGCCCUGCACUGAAAAGAUGGACAAAGCCACGUUGCUUGCAGCAGUCAUUAGCCAAGUCAAAGAACUCAAAAGGAAUGCCUUGGAAUCCUGUAAAGGCCUUCUUAUUCCAACACCUGAUGACGAAGUAAAAGUUGAGACAUAUUUUGAUGGAACUAAAGAAGGAACGUUGUACUUCAAGGCAUCUAUCUGUUGUGACUAUCGACCUGAGCUUCUAUCCGAUAUAAGACAAGCUGUUGAUGCACUUCCUUUGAAAAUGGUGAACGCAGAAAUAUCAACCUUGGGAAGCCGGUUAAAGAAUGAGUUUGUAUUCACCAGCAACAGAAAUAAGAAUGCUGUAGAUGAUGCAGAGGCAAUGCAGCUUCUUACAAAAUCUAUUCACCAUGCCCUAACAUCUGUCUUGGAGAAAGGUUCUGCCUCACUAGAAUACUCACCAAGGACAACACUUCCAAACAAGAAAAGGAGGGUGACUUUCUUUGAUUCCUCGAGCUCGUCUUCUUAAGAACCAAAAAUCUUGUUGUUGGUGGUGGUGUUGAUGUUCAUGCCCGUAUCUCUUCUGGGAAGUGUUAUCUGUUUGUGUUUGAGAGGUGUGCAAAAUGUGGAAGACUUUCUGAUAGCAAUACAUAUUUUACACGAUUGAAGCCUAGGAUGCUUCUGCCAAGAGUAUUAUGAGAGUUGGUAUCAUCUCUUUUUUCUUUCUUUUUUGUUGAUAUUUACAAUUAAUAGCUCCCAUUGGCCACCACAACCAGGCUUCCCUUACCUGGGACUAGCCGUGCUAGGUUUACACUAGCCUUUGCGUUGACGAGGUGGUAUAAUCUUAAUUAGUAUUUGUAAGCAUGGGUGUUCCUUUGUAAGACUUAAAACUCUAAUCAUAACUGUCUUGUGUAAUGUAAACAUAUAUCAGGUCUGGGUUUGAAUAAUACCUCUUUUUUGUUUGCUGGCA